GGAUUUGCAAAGAAAGUUAUGGGCUACCCCACGCCAUUUCCAGCGGGAAGUGACCCACAAAGCGCCAUGUCGCGGUAUAUGAAAGCAUAUGAGACCGAGGCCAAGAUUGAGUUUUAUUAUCAGCUGUUUAUGAUUCCAGCAUACGGCUUCAUCAAGCUUAGUAUUAUCUUAUUCUAUCGGCGUAUUUUCCUCGUAACCAAGAAUUCAAAGCUCAGUUGGGCCUUCCACGGUCUUGUUGGCCUGACUGUUGUUUGGACCCUCGCAUUUUUCUUGCUUUUUUUGUUCGGAUGCAGAGAGAAGAUUUACCUUCAUUGGGCCCCGCUUGAGGAAGUAAACAAUCAAUGCGGUAAUCCACUCACAGCGGAGUCGGCCCUUGUCAUUUCGGACCUCAUAAUGGAUCUUAUGAUCUUUUGCUUACCCCUACCAAUUAUCUGGGGUCUCCAAAUGCGUCUGGGCCAGAAAGUAGCGCUCAUUGGAGUCUUCUGCGUGGGCUUUGUAGCUGUUGCGGCAUCGAUAGUACGGCUCGCAAUUUACCUCAUUGUCUACAUGAUUGGCUUCGACGCCGGAUAUGACUUGGACCAGACCGUCACGACGAUGCUUUGGUGGAGUAUGAUUGAGGCUAGCUUAGGGCUUAUAGUUGCUUGCCUACCAGUUCUCCGCCCCCUU